CGUCGUGUCGCUGUUCUCCGGUCCCUGUGGCCAUGGAGGACGCGCUGCUCGGCGCCAUGACUGGCCCCGAAGACGAGCUGGGCGCUGAGCUGUUCGGGUCGGAGCGUGCGUUCGCGGACGGGCUGGCGCUGAGCCCCGCGGGGGGCGCGGCCGACCGGGAUGAGCUGCCCGUGCUGGCCGACGCCUACCUGGGCGCCACCGAGCCGGGGGAGCCGCUGCUGCGUGCGCUCAGCCCCCCGCCGGGCGCUGAGGUACCGGCCGCCUUGCUUGGCGACUUCCCGGGGCUGCCCGAGCUCCGCAGCUCAGACGACGCGGCUCCGCCUCCCGCCUACAGCGUGCACGUGCUGUCGUCGUUACUUCCCGGUGCUCGCGGGCCCGCGCUGUUGCCGCUAAGCGCCGGAGUGCGCGUGAUCCCAGUAGAAAUCAAAGAGGCAGGUGGCGGUGUGCCAGGCAGCAGCCCUGAAGAUGCAGCUUUCCAGGCCCCUCUGGCUCAGGAAUCCUGCUGCAAGUUCUCAUCAUCCCAGGAGGCAGAGGAGGCCUCCGGCUGCCCUCGGAAAAAAGACUCCAGCCCCAUGGUGAUUUGUCAGCUGAAAGGAGGUGCCCAGAUGCUCUGCAUAGACAACUGUGGUGCGAGGGAGCUCAAAGCACUCCAUCUACUUCCUCAAUAUGAUGACCAGAGCAGUUUCCCACAAUCAGAGCUCCCUAAGCCAAUGACAACUUUAGUGGGAAGACUUCUGCCAGUACCAGCAAAGUUAAAUCUCAUCACACAGGUCGAUAACGGAGCUCUCCCAUCGGCUGUCAAUGGGGCUGCUUUUCCCUCCGGACCUGCUCUGCAAGGCCCACCCAAAAUAGCUCUGGCUGGGUACUGUGACUGCUUCUCCAGUGGGGACUUCUGCAACAGCUGCAGCUGCAACAACCUGCGCCACGAGCUCGAGCGCUUCAAAGCCAUUAAGGCGUGUCUUGAUAGAAAUCCUGAGGCGUUCCAACCAAAAAUGGGGAAAGGCCGGCUGGGAGCUGCUAAGCUUCGACACAGCAAAGGGUGCAACUGUAAGCGCUCAGGCUGCCUGAAGAACUACUGUGAGUGCUAUGAGGCCAAAAUCAUGUGUUCUUCCAUUUGCAAAUGCAUUGCUUGCAAAAACUAUGAAGAAAGCCCAGAGCGAAAAAUGCUGAUGAGCACACCCCACUACAUGGAGCCUGGGGACUUUGAGAGCAGCCACCAUCUGUCCCCAGCCAAAUUCUCAGGACCUCCAAGACUGAGAAAAAAUAGGCAAGCCUUCUCCUGUAUCUCCUGGGAGGUAGUGGAGGCCACAUGUGCCUGCCUGCUGGCCCAGGGUGAGGAAGCAGAGCAGGAGCGCUGCUCUCCAAGCUUGGCUGAACAGAUGGUCCUGGAGGAGUUCGGAAGGUGCCUGUCGCAGAUUCUCCACAUCGAGUUCAAGUCCAAGGGGCUGAAAAUUGAGUAGAGUGCAAGCUGGUAAAGGGGAAUGCCUGUGGCAAGCCUCAGCCCUGGGGAGUCUGCACGGAGGAAGCUGGUGCAGAGGGAGGGAGGAGCAGGAGGCCCCACAUCAUGGCCAGGUCAGCUGUGAGGUCUGAGUGAUCUGCAUGGGUCACUUUUCAAACGCUUAGUCGUACCUCCACUCCGUUCAAGUUGUUACGAGCCAGCUUCAAGUUAGAGAGCUAGGCUCUGCAGGUGGACUCUGCCUGAGUCACACACAGGUCAGGUGGCCAGCAGGGCUCUUCCAGGCCAGGCCUGUGACAGGAGAUAUGGGAGGGGGGUCAGGUUGGAGCUGGGUUUGUUUGGGGUGUUUUGUUUUUGUUUUUCUGUAUUUCUGCUUGAAGUGGGAAAACUUGUCUCCUGUCCAACCCUCUUCUCCAUAAUUACUGCAGCACUGUCGCCUGCAGACCAGUCACAGUGACCUCACACACCAGCAGGUGAGGUGGGUUAUUAUGCCCACACUUUGUGUGUUGUUGUGAGAGUAAACCUUUCCAGAUUCCCGGUUGGAACUAGGUUAGUAGCUGAAAAUAUAUUUGUCUCAAUACCCAC